AUGGAAUACUAAUAUCGAUAAGUCGAUACACAACGACAACGUAUCAAUCGACAAGGCUUUUGCAUAAGCGUAAGUUUGCACGAGACACAUACAUAUGGGCAGUAGCAUCAUCUCGCAGCUGGCGCGAAAGUACGGUGCAGUGAUAUUCUUUCCAACUGUUACAGUCGGCUCCAUAUACGCGGAUUGGUCGCAUACACGUGAGUGGAAACGCCAGCAGCAAAGAGACGCACAAAGCGCAGCGCUUAAAAUACACAGCUAAAGAGAACAGAACAACA